AUGGAAAGGUAUAAAGUCUGGCUGGUAGCCAAGGGCUACAUCCAACAAGAAGGAAUAGACUUCUUGGAUACUUUUUCACCUGUUGCAAAACUCACUUUUGUCAGAAUUUUACGUGUUGUUGUUGCAACAAGAAACUGGUUUUUACAUCAGCUUGAUGUAGACAAUGCUUUCUUACAUGGAGAUUUAAAGGAUGAUGUUUACAUGGAAGUUCCCCUUGGAUUGGACACUAACAUCAAGGGACAAAAAACUCCUACAGAUUUUACAGCUUUGCUCGUAUAUGUGGAUGACAUUGUCCUAGCAGGGAAUUCUAUCGAUGAGAUCACUCACAUAAAGGACCUCUUGCAUCGUCAAUUUCAAAUAAAGGAUCUGGAAGAACUCAAGUAUUUCCUAGGAUUUGAAGUUGCUAGAUCUAAGAAAGGAAUACAUCUCCAUAAAAGGAAAUAUGCCCUGGACAUCCUUGAAGAAACAGGAAUGAUGGGAAGUAAACCGUGCUCUACACCUUUUUUGAGCAACACACAUUCCUUAUAUAAAAUGGAGAAGUAUAUGGAAAAUCCUAGUGCUUAUCGUAGAUUAAUAGGAAAACUUUUCUAUUUAACUAACACUAGACCUGAUUUGUGUUUUACUGUUAACCUAAUAAGUCAGUUUAUGCAGGAGUCUACUGAUUAUCACUAUCAAGCCUUGCAGCAUAUUUUGAGAUAUGUUAAAUCCAGCCCUUCAGAAGGACUUUUCUUUGCAGCUAAUUCUGACAUACAAAUUAAGGGAUUCAAUGAUUCAAAUUGGGCCACUUGCCCUAACACAAGGAGGUCAACCACUGGUUACUGUGUUUUUCUAGGAUCCUCAUUGUGGCUUCACUACCUACUUGAAGACCUUCAAAUUCAGCCCACUACUGUUGUCCUUUACUAUGACAACAAUUCCGCCAAGCACAUCACCCAUAAUCAAAGUUUCCAUGAGCGCACCAAACAUAUUGAUCUAGACUUCCACGUGGUUCGUGAGAAGAUCCAAGCCAAAUUUUUAUACCUUCUUCCCAUUCGAUCAGAAGAGCAGCUCACUGACGUGAUCACCAAAUUUCCUCAUCGAACUCGUUUUAAAUCUAUUGUUCCCAAGCUUGGAUUAGUGAAUACCCACCAUCCAGCUUGA